GGUCGAUGAGGAAUAAUACCUCGUGUGGCACUCAUGCCGCGUACAAAUUCGUGCAUGUAGAUGUUGCACAUGGGUUCUUCCAUUAGUUUGCUUCGUUUUUAAUCUUCCCUUAUUUUCGUUUGCCGCGACGGACGGCCGGACGGGGACGGCUUUGCUUGCCGCCGGCCGUGUGUUUGCUGGAUGUUUGCUCCCUCCAACUUGCAUUUCUCUACUGGCUACGGUGCUUGUACUGGCCCCACACACUUGCCUUCAAUCACAGUAGAUUAUUCCCUCCAAUAAUUCCUCCUCCACUGAUUGGCCAUUACGACUCCAGUGCUCUGCCUGGUGCUUUUUCUCGGGCAAAUCCCCCAUGGCGUCCACGGCUGGACUCCAAACUUCCCACGGCCACUGGUUCAACACCACCCUCACAUCCUCCCAAUCCCACCUUGGCUUCCGCUCCUCCUUCCCGCGUCCUCCAGCUGGGGAUUUUUUGGAGCGUUCUCCUCCUCGUUGCCGCCGACGAUGCUCGCAUGCGGUGGCGGCGGCGAUCGUGGUGGAGAAGCUGGGGCAGGGAAGGUCUGUUGGACCUUCUCUGCCGGUGCCUCGACGAAGCCGCGAUGGCUUCUUGGCGCGGCGGGGGCGUCAGCAGCCUGCUGCCGCUCCCUGUGGCAGCGCCGUGGAGGGAGCGGGUGCGGCCGCCCCAGGUACGCGCGCGAGCACCCGCUGGUCGUCGGAGCGGAUGAGAGACCAUGCGGGGAAUGGAGAUAGCUGUAGCUUUGUAGAGACUGGAUGCUGCAUCCGGCUACAGUGGAGCUGCAACCAGUACGCCGUGGAGCUGCAACGAACUGUGCCAAAUGCAACCGAUCGCUUCGCGAAUACCUUGACCAGCCUCCCUAAGCCUGGUGGUGGAGAGUAUGGCAAGUUCUACAGCAUUCCUGCACUGAAUGAUCCAAAGAUAGAUAAGCUUCCCUACUGUAUCCGCAUUCUUCUAGAAUCAGCCGUCCGCAACUACGAUAACUUCCAAGUUACGGAGAGUGAUGUCCAGAAUAUCAUCGACUGGGAGAAGACAUCCCCAAAGCUUGCCGAGAUACCAUUCAAGCCAGCACGGCUUGUUCUUAUGGACAACACUGGCGGCCCAGCUGUUGUAGAUCUUGCAGCCAUACGAGAUGUGAUAGCGGAGCUAGACAGUGAUCCCAAAAAGAUCAAUCCACUGGUUCCGGUGGAUCUCGUCAUUGAUCACUCAGUGCGGGUGGAUGUAGCCAAGUGUGCCGAUGCAUUGAAACAAAACAUGGACCUGGAGUUUAGCCGCAACAAAGAGAGAUUUAGUUUCUUCAAAUGGGCGUCAUCUGCUUUCAACAAUAUGCUGGUUCUGCCCCCUGGUUCUGGGAUCCUUCAUCAAGUCAAUCUUGAGUAUCUUUCCAGGGUUGUCUUCAAAGCAGAUGGUGUCUUGUACCCUGACAGCGUGGUUGGCACUGAUUCACACACCACUAUGAUUAAUAGUCUCGGUGUUGCAGGUUGGGGAGUGGGUGGUAUCGAAGCAAUGGCCGCAAUGCUUGGGCAGCCAAUGAGCAUGGUUUUACCAGGUGUGGUUGGAUUCAAGCUGACCGGAAAGUUACAGGAUGGUGUCACUACUACAGACCUUGCCCUUACUUUGACCCAAAUGCUAAGGAAGCAUGGUGUUGUUGGCAAAUUUAUUGAAUUCUACGGUGAGGGUGUGGGCAGCAUCCCUUUGCCUGCUAGAGCCACAAUCGCAAACAUGACUCCGGAAUAUGGCGCUACCAUGGGAUUUUUCCCUGUAGAUCAAGUGGCAUUAGAUUACCUCAGACUAAUAGGGCGAAGUGAUGAAACAGUAUCAAUGAUUGAAGCAUAUUUGCGAGCUAACAAGAUGUUUGUAGACUGCAAUGAGCUUCAAACGGGACCAGUUUACUCUUCAGAUGUUGAGCUGGACCUUACUACGGUGGAGCCUUCUGUUGCCGGCCCAAAGAGGCCUCAUGACCGGGUUCCUUUGAAGGAGAUGAAAUCUGAUUGGCAUACUUGCCUGGGCAAUGAGGUUGGUUUCAAGGGUUAUGCAGUGCCUAAGGAAGAACAUAAUAAAAUUGUGAAAUUUGACUUCCAUGGACAACCCGCUGAAAUCACACAUGGCAGUGUGGUUCUUGCAGCAGUAUGCAGUUCCACAAACUCAUCAAAUCCUAGCGUUAUGAUCGGUGCUGGCCUUGUGGCAAAAAAAGCCUGCGAAUUGGGUCUUGAGGUGAAGCCAUGGGUUAAGACAAGCCUGGCCCCUGGAUCUUUGGUUGUCACCAAAUACUUGGAACACAGUGGCCUUCAAGAAUAUUUGAACCAUCAAGGCUUCCAUCUUGUCGGAUAUGGUUGUACCACUUGUAUCGGCAACUCCGGCGACCUUGAUAAAUCUUUAUCAGAUGCUAUUGUAGAUAACGAUGUUGUUGUUGUUGCUGUGUUGUCGGGCAACCGUAACUAUGAGGGUCGUGUGCACCCUCUAACUCGAGCUAACUACCUCGCCUCACCACCUCUUGUUGUUGCAUAUGCUCUUGCUGGCACCGUUGACAUUGAUUUUGAGAACGAACCUAUUGGAAUUGGAAAGGUUGGCAAGGAGGUUUACUUCAAGGAUGUAUGGCCCACAAAUGAAGAAAUCGAGCAGGUUAUCAAGUCCAACGUGUUGCCGAAGAUGUUCGUGGACACGUAUGAUUCCAUCACGGAGGGCAACGAUGCAUGGAACAAAUUAGUGGUCCCGAAAGAGACGCUCUACCCGUGGGAUCCGAAAUCCACCUACAUCCACAAGCCAGCGUACCUGGAAAAUAUAACCAUGACCCCCCCCGGCCCGCCCUCAGUGAAGGAUGCCUACUGCCUACUAAGCCUGGGGGACAGCAUCACUACCGACCACAUCUCUCCCUCGGGGGUCAUCAAGCCAGGAACCCCUGCCGCCAAGUAUCUGCUGGAGCGCGGCGUGAAGCCUGAGAACUUCACCACAUAUGGCAGCCGACGUGCCAACGACGAGAUCGUUGUGAGAGGGGCAUUUGCCAACAUUAGGAUUGUGAACAAGCUUUUGGAGGGAGAGGUGGGGCCUAAAACUGUCCAUGUCCCUACGGGGGAGAAGCAUUACGUUUUCGACGCUGCCAUGAAAUACAAGUCGGAGGGUCAUGACAUGGUCAUUCUUGCCGGUGAUGAGUAUGGAGCCGGGAGCUCGCGUGAUAGUGCCGCCAAGGGGCCAUUGCUCCUGGGCGUCAAGGCAGUGAUCGCUAAGGGCUUCGAGCGCAUCCACCGGAGUAACUUGGUGGGGAUGGGGAUCAUCCCUCUCCGCUUCAAGGCUGGCGAGGAUGCAGAUUCACUCAACCUCAGUGGGCAUGAGCGUUUCACGAUCGACCUCCCUGGCAAGAUUACCGAGAUCCGUCCAGGCCAAGAUGUGAUCGUUACGACACAAAAUGGGAAAUCCUUCACUUGCACACUUUGCAUUAACACACAGGUGGAGCUGGAAUACUUUAACCAUGGAGGCAUCCUCCCCUACCUUAUUCGCAAAUUGGCAUGACUGACCGAUGAACUACAUUUAAAUUGUAUUAUCUAUAUGCAAUGUCAUGAUUUUAUUCUUUAUAAAUUGAUUACUUGUACCCCUUGAUUCCGUUUUGACUUUCAUUUUUUUAACAAAUUUGUGACGAAACAUUUGAAAAGACGGAGUGGAGCUUCGAUAAUAAUUAAGAGGGGACAAUUUACUUGA